AUGCCACCUGCUACCAUGCAUCGCAUCGUGUCCGACGCCGCGGUGGGCAACGCAGCCGCACAGGACGUCCCGGGAGACCGUGGACGGCGCGUCGAGACACCGAGAGAGCUGGCACCGGGUGACGUGGCACUGCGAGCGGCUGCGUACACUGUCGUGCUGUUGCCGGAGCUCUGGGGUGCGCACUGCCACACGUGCUUUGUGGCCGCGGAGCGGCAGCGUCUCCGUCGCUGUGGCCGCUGCCGGACGGUCUCGUACUGCUCGAAAACAUGUCAGCAGGCGAACUGGCAGUUGGAUCACUCGACCGAGUGCAAGCGGCUCAAGCAGUUGACGCAGCUGGGACUGACGAGCGACCAAGUGAUGGACGUCGUGCUUCUAGCGCGCGUCUUGCGGCGCACAGGUGUCGAGGGACGGACGCCCACGGAGCUCGUGUGGUACGAAGAAGACGUGAAGGACCAGGAACUGGUGUUACUGGCCGCGUUGACUCAGAAAUUGGGUCUAGUGGCAAUCAAGCACUCGAUGGACGAGAUGCUGCGCAUGCUGAGUCGCUUUCGCAACAACAACUUUUCGAUCGUGGACGAACUGCUACUGCCACUGGGUGCCGGCUGUUUUCCCCUCGGCGCGAUGGUCAACCACAGCUGUGACCCAAACUGUGCUGUCACUUUUGUGCCAAAGACGCUGGAUAUCGAGUUCCGGGCGAUGAGGCCCAUCAAGGCUGGUCAAGAGCUCACGCAGACGUACGUUGACGUUGCGCUGCCACGUCGUGAGAGACAACAGCGACUGCAACGCAAGUAUCAUUUCCAAUGCGCAUGUACCCGUUGUGCGCUGCCUUUGCAAGACCCCAGUUGCCCCGACGCUUUCCUCGACGCCGACAGUGAUGGCGUUCCACAAGAGUUCUGGACACAGGAACGUCACGACGAAGUGGAGCAGGCGCUACAAGAAGCUCGUGAUGCUACCAGUUGCGAUGCCGACGAGACAGAUGCAGCUGUGCAGCAACAGCAACGCAUUGACGCACUGAAAAAGCGGGUCGAGCGUCAAAGUGGUGUGCUCCACCGUGAGAACAUUGCACGGCUACAGACGCUGUCGGCGCUUUUUAGCGCUGAAAUGGAACGUGGGAGUGUGCGAGCAACGUGUGAACAUGGAGAGCAUAUGUUGGAGUUCUACAGACGUGUCUACACUGCAAACCACCCGAUGACUGGACUUCAUUUGUUCACCCUUGGCGAUCUGUACGAUCAACUGGCACAGGCCGGACCAGAGACUGCGGACUGGUGCGAGGCAAAGUCGAUCGAGUGUCUGACCGAGGCGCAACGUAUUCUUCGAAUCACGUAUGGACAGGAGCACCGGUUCGUGAAGAUGCUCGCAGACCGACUCGAGGGACAUCCUCGAAGUCGUGACAAGGUCCAAGCACAGGGUUGA